AUGACAUGUCGUUGGUUGUCCCUCCCAGAGAUGUUUUCUUCCGCGGCCGGCGGGCCCCUGGUCUUCAACCGGGCGGCGGGCCUGCGGGAGGCGUGGGCCCGCAAGCGCGCGAACGCUGGCGCGACGGCUCAGACGCGGGCGUCGGCCUUGGCGCACUGCGCUAAGGCCCUGCGAGCCUCGCUCACCACGCACUGGAGCCUGAGCGCCGCCUUGGGCUACCACAUGCCCUCACUCCGCGAUGCGGUGGAUGCGGGGCGCCUCCCGGGCAUCGGGCGCCACCUCAUCGACGAGGAAGAGGAGCUGCUGAUCGUGGGCAACCCUGCGCGGCACGCACCGCCCCCUGGUAAUUACGAUGCGGCGAUCUUCGUGCCACACGAUGUCGCCGUCCUGGAGGCGCUGGGCGUGAAAGGGUCCGCCGAGGAGUGGAGGAUUUUCGUGGAGUACGUGCACUCCGCCGAGGACAACUCAGAUCUGGGGAAGCAGGGCGUGAUCAGCACGGCCCCGGACGCGAAGCAGGAGCUGGAGGGCGUGCAAAUCGCCCCGCAGGAGAUCACCGCGGCCGAGAGCCGCAUGAUUCACGUGCCUGCCGUGACGGUGGGUCUCGCGAAGGAGACCGAUCAGAAAGAGUACGCCGCGGAGUACGUGGAGCUGCAGGCCGAAAACGGCCCGCACACGGAUACGGAGAUCGUGCAGAACGUCAACGUUGUGAACCAGGAGCUGGAGGGCGAGGCUGUCGCCCCAAAGGAGUUCACCGACGUUGAGAGCCUCAAGAUCCCCGUGCUUGCCGCAACGGUGGGCCUUGAAACGGAGAUGGAGCUGCCCCAGACCGCAGCCAACAACAAGUUCGAGAUGGAGUUCACCGAGGCCGAGCGCAACAAGCGUCGCUCGACCAUGAUCGGCAGGGGCGGCCUCGUGGCAUGUUCAUUCCGGAGUUAUUCCACGGAAUGGGUGAAUCAGGUCGCCGCCUUGGGCCCCGUGAGUUCACGCCAGAGUUACUCCACGGGGGAGGGUUCACUCCGGAGUUAUUCCACGGAAUGGGUGGAUCAGGUCGCCGCCCUGGGCCCCGUGAAUUCACGCCAGAGCUACUCCACGGGGGAGGGGUGGAUCAGAGGGCCGCAGGGGCCGCGGGCUGGCCACGGGUCGGCGGCGCGCGCAGAGGUGCAGGGCGAGGGGGAGGGGCGCCUCCCGAGAGGCGAGCCGCGCGGCGCGAUGGCGCCGCGGUGGCUGCCGGCGGCGGUGCUGCUGGCCACCUGGCGCCCCGUGCUCAGCAGGGCCGCGCUGCCGCCGGCGCCCAUCGUGGUGGCGGAGGGAAGUUGCGGGUACCCGGCGUGCGCGAAGCACAAGAUCGCCUGCCAAACGAAGAAGGUUGGAACGUGCGUGAUGCCAGAGCCGGGGUGCCUCAACAAGAACGCGGUGUGCUCCUUGGGGCGGUGUAACUGCCCAGACUUCUACUGCGCGGUCCCUGGCACCAAGGAGUGCGUGCCCCAGCUCGUGUACGAGGGCGCCCGCCCCGGCGCCUUCGCCCGCGGGCCCUGGCUGAGGGCGUUCACGUGGCUCGGCAGCCCUGACCAGUUCCCGAGCCUGGCGCAGCUUGCGGAGCACCCCGAAGGGCUGAUCUCGCCUCGCUGCCUGCCCGCGGUCCUCCUGCUGUUCGUGGGCCUGGCCAUCGCGGUCGUGACAGGCGGGGCAGCAUUUGUUGAUAGGCCCCCUCCCGGCACGGUGUCCCCGUCUGACGGGUUCGUGCCGCCCGAGGCCGCCAGGGGGCCACAGUCUGUGCAGGCGUGGGGAUGCCAUAUGGUGAUAGCGUUCUACCAGGUGAGGUCCUUUCUCGGAGAAGGGUGCCGGGCCCCGACUCCGUGCGACCUGCGAUUCGCAGGGGUGGACCUGUGCGAGGACCUCGUUCGGUGCGUAUUCUGCAAGCGCGCCUUCAGGGAAUCGGACGUCCCGGGCGAGACCCACCAGAAGGACAACAUUACGCUGGCCGUGCCCCCCCCCUUCUUCGGGAAAGACAAGGCCGCGGCGGUCGUGGUCUUCAGCAUCGCGGCGGUGCUCGGGCGGCUGUACAACUGGCAGAUCACCAGCGGCAUCCUGAUCACGCAGCUGGACCUCGGAGACAGGCUGAAGGGCAACGCGCAGAUGCUGCAGAGCAACAGCGUCGUCCUCAACUAUCCGUCGCUGCGCGGGCCGUCCGCCUGCCUCAGUUUCGAUGGCAGCCCAGACCCGCCAGGGAGCACGAAGACGAUCGAUGAGCACCGCCUCAGCUUCGCCCCCUCCAUCCUACCAACCGUUGCGCAUCAGCACGCCGACAUCGCGCCAGACGUGCAGGUAGGCCACUACCUGAUGGCCAGGGCCAGGGAUGACGGCGGCGCGCGUCCCCCAUGCUGGGACGGGCUAGCUGACGAGGCGGGCGUGCGGCCUUGGUCUGAUCUACCACCUGGCAGAGUGACGGGGCUGGUGGAAGAAGUGCACACAGGCUUGCACCUCUGCGCACGGAUCGGGGCCAAGUGGCUCACUGUCUGGGACGGGACAGACAGCACCCACCUGGCCUGGAUCACCCGUGGAGGACGCCCCGCCACUACUACUGACGGUACCCCUGCCCCGGGCGGGAACACCAUGCAGUUUGGUCGCGCGAACGUGUCCAGUGAUGCGUACUGCGUGCCCCUCAGCGCUCCAACCUUGCGCUCGGCUCGCUGCCAGGCUGCCGGCGAGGGCAUGUGGGGCGCGGGCGUCGCGCCCCAUUGGAGGCACACUCCAGCCGACAGCCGCCGCGGAGGGGUGGAGGACCCCGCGUACCGACGCCGGUGCCCCCACAGCGAGAUGUUCGCCCCCCACAGCGAGAUGUUCGCGCACCAGUCAUGUGCGAUGCUUCAGCUCCGCGGGAUGUCCAUGAUCGGCGGUCUGGCGGUAAACUCCACGUACGAUCUGGCUACGAGCGUGUCCAAUUUCAGGAGCGAGUUGGAGACCGUACCACGCAAGAUCGACUCCAUCGAGUUGGAGAUCAGGAGUUUCCAGGCGGGAGAUGGGGAUGAAGAGGGCACGGCCGUCUACCUGCCCUGCGCCCCGAUGCUCCUCAUGUCCCUCAUCGCCGCGGGCAUGCUGGCGGAGGUGCUGCUCACCAGGUAUUACGGGUCGGCCAAGACGGCCAAGUACGAGGAGAAGGGCCUUGCUGUUUGUGCAGGCGUCUUCGUGCUGAUCAUAGCCGUGGUGGCCGUCACCUGCGCCGCCCUGCUCUCUGGCGUGAUAGGCGUCGCCCAGCAGUGCGACGACAUCGAUCAGAACUUGGUCGAAUAUCUCCAGCAUGAGACUCGGCACAGCAACCUGGACCCCAUUUUUAUGAACAUAACACGGCAUUACCUCUUGGAUGACGUCUAUAACCCGUUGGGUCAGUUCGCGGACGAAAUAUUCACGUACGUCGAAACGGUAGAGGAGCUGGUCGACGAGUACAAUCAGUCCAUCGUUUAUCCACAGUCGCUCUCGUGUAAGCCUCUGAACGACUUGAAUGUUAACCAUAUUGGUAGAGUUACCAAGGAGACUUUGGCGGUGGCAAGGGACCUGUUCAAUGCCACAAACGUCUACCCGUAUUACCAGGAGAUUGUGCAUAACGGCGUAUGCAACCAUAUGCCGAGAAGUUUGGGUUUAUUUUGUCUCCAGCAGGUGGUUGCUCCAAUGUUGUUCCGCAUGUCUUCGUGCCCAAGAAAUGAUUGACUAUUCGCGUACCCCCACCAGCUUGUACCGCAGUCCCGGACAUCGCAUGUUGCCGCCAGACCGUGGUCGCGCGGCCGCCGACUAAAAAGUACCCCCACCAGCCCAUCCAGAAACAGAUCGCCAGGUGAGGUGCCUUUCGCCUGGGAGAGGGGGUGCAUACUAUUUGGAAACGGUGAUAAACCCCUCCCGCGAGCAGGAGAUGGAGGGGUUUUGGCAGAGAGAAGACAAAGUUCGGUAAACCACCUACGCCCAGAGGGCUGGUGGGAUUUGUUCAUGUCGUGGACAUUGGCGAGUUAAGCGGCAUUGAGUGUGCUGGGGCGUGUAAUCUUCUUUGUGGCGCAGAUUUCCGACUGUAGGGCGAUAUGCUACGAAUGGCAGUCUUAGGAGGGGAUCGGCAGCCGCGCAUGCUUCAUUGAAUCGGAUGUGGUCGUGCAGAGCAGUACAGUGGCAUGUGGGUUGCUGAGAUCCAGAAACACAUGUUGGCGAUCGAGUUUGGGGCCAGAAGGGACGAGGCACGGCGACCAUGGCCCAGGCGGUGGUGGGAUUGGUAUUUUUUCCUCUGUGCGCGUGUUGGACCCACAACUACCUCGCGCACCACGUGAGCGCGCAGAGACCGGGGCGUCCAGAAGAUUCGACCGACGAAGACACGGAGGGCGUGACCGAGGACGCAGACGCGGGGCCGCUGAAGCCCGCGGCGGUGGCGCCCAGGGAGCUCGGGCGCUGAGGGCCGCCUGGGCGGGGUUGUUGCGCCCAGGCGCUUCCUUUUCCUCAUGGGGCCACGGUGGCGGAUUCCCCGCGCGCUUCGCUCGCUUGGCGAGCGAGUUCAACCGCGGCAAAUAUCUCAAUUCGGUUUAUCUGUUCGCUCAAGGGAGUCAGUGUCUUUUUGUGCACGUACGCAAGACGUAACGCACAUAUGUUUCAGCGCGGGCCAGCAGCCGGACAGGCAAGUUCAUUGUCGGCGGCUCGGCAUUCUUCGACCUGCGCCAGCCCAGGGCGAGUUUUUCGGCCUCACGCAGCUUGUCCAGACUGUGAUGCGAAUCGGCAGACUGCCGUCAAGAGGUCCCUGAUGCGCCAACGCGAAAAAUUGAUCAUUGCAUGUGGUUGGUCUUCUUUGAUGCGCUGUCCUCCACUCGCUGCUAGACAUUCCAAUGAAUUGCAGGGCGAUCGGAUAGGGAAACAAGGGCUCGUGGGCUUGCUAUGCUGCGCCCAUAAAUCAUUGAUAAGGUAGGAUGCCCUGGCGCGGAUGUAGAGAUGUAGAACUCAGCCGGGG